GCUCACUGGCGGCACAACAACAGGGCUGUGUUGGGUCAGAGGGGGGGGAGAGGAGGGCCGAGCAACACCGACACCAGCACCGGCACCGGCGGGGGAGCGGCUCGAGCCACUGCAGCCAUGGAGCCCGGGAACCCCGAGUAUGACCCAGAAACGUUAAAGGACCCAGAUGCCUGCGUAUCCUCCGAGGUGGGAAUGCCAAUUGCUGGAGACCUUCCUGCGUUAGUACGGCAAUUUGUGGAAGAGAAAGUGCAGGCCACCAUGUUCGCAGGAAUGAUGAUCGGCACCUUUGUUGCUGUAUUCCUCGUAGCAGUGAUUGUCUUUUUCAUCUACAGAAAAUGUAAACAAUCAAAGCAACAGCAGCAGGGGGUGACCAGGUAUAGAUUCCGAAAGAGAGACAAGGUGAUGUUCUAUGGAAGAAAGAUCAUGAGAAAGGUGAAACUUUCAACCUCGUCCCUGGUAGGAAACAACGUGCCUCGCCAGAGAUUGAGGAAGCGGCAGAAGGUGCUGAACCUGGCUAAGAGAAUUCUCCGUCUUAAGAAAGAACCUCCGACCCUGCAGCCCAAAGAACCGCCGCCUUCUCUCCUGGAGGCGGAUUUGACUGAAUUUGACGUGAAAAAUUCCCACUUGCCCUCCGAGGUCCUCUACAUGCUGAAGAACGUCAGAGUAUUGGGACAUUUUGAGAAACCGCUGUUCCUGGAACUGUGCAAAUACAUGUUCUUUGUCCAGUUACAUGAGGGGGAGUACGUCUUCCGACCGGGUGAGAUCGACGACAGCAUCUACGUGGUGCAGGAAGGGAAGCUGGAGCUGUGCAUUAACGAGAAUGAUGGGACUGAGGUGGUGGUGAAGGAAGUGCUUCCAGGGGACAGUGUGCACAGUCUGCUCAGUAUCGUGGAUGUCAUCACUGGUUACCCAGCUCCCUAUAAAACAGUUUCUGCGCGGGCUGCAGGACCGACCACUGUUCUCCGCUUGCCAGCCAGUGCUUUUCAAUCCGUCUUCCACAAAUACCCCGAGACCCUGGUCCGAGUAGUUCAGAUAAUUAUGGUGCGCUUGCAGAGAGUGACCUUCCUGGCUUUGCACAACUACCUGGGCCUGACCACGGAACUGUUCAAUUCGGAAAGCCAGGCCAUUCCCUUAGUGUCCCUGUCCAGCAUCGCAGCAACAAGCCCCAGCAGAACAGUGAAGAGACAGCAUUCAGUCCCGGGCAGUGACGAGGAUCACUGGGAGAAGACGGGCAGAUGUGGUGAUGUUCCAGCACGCGCUGUGGAGACCGACUCAAAGAGUGUUGCGAUGGACAUACCUGUCAGUCAAGGGAAAAGAUAUCGUUCAACCUCCAUGCCUUUGGAUGUCCCAGGAGGAUCUCCCAGUGCCAAAUCAGACCUAGAGAUGGCCCUUGAACGAGCAAGAGUCAGUCUAUCAACAGAAGAGCAUUCUUCAGGUCCCGUUAAGUCUUCACUGAAGAAGACGGUUACCAUGAUCGAUCAGCCAUCUGCGGUGUUCCAUUACAUCGAGGGGGAGGAGCGGUCAGGGGUAAUCAGCAAUCAGAAGCCAGUCCACAUGAUCUUAGAGGCUGCCAAGAAAGAUCUCCUGACUUUGAUGAAGCUGGACGAUCCAACGCUACUUGAUGGUAGAGUGACCCUUCACCAUGUUAAAGCUGGGACAGUUGUGGCAAAACAAGGUGACCAGGAUGUCAGCAUCCACUUUGUGAUCUCGGGGCUGCUGCAUGUUUACCAGAGGAUGAUCGACAGGGAGGAGGAGAACUGUCUGUUUGUGGCUCAUCCCGGGGAGAUCGUGGGACAACUGGCCGUGCUGACUGGCGAACCGCUCAUCUUCACCAUCAAAGCCCAGAGAGACUGCAACUUCCUCUGCAUCUCCAAGUGCAACUUCUAUGAGAUCAUGCGGGAAAAGCCGAAUGUUGUGUUGACUGUGGCUCACACGGUGGUGAGGCGAGUAUCUCCAUUUGUGCGACAGAUCGAUUUUGCUCUGGACUGGAUGGCAGUGGAGGCAGGGCGAGCACUAUACAGGCAGGGGGAUAAAUCGGACUGUACGUUCAUCGUGCUGAAUGGGCGGCUGCGAUCGGUAAUCAUGAAGGAUGAUAAGAAAAAGGAGUUGGCAGGGGAAUAUGGACGAGGCGAUCUGAUUGGAGUGGUCGAAGCUCUUACUCAUCAGCCCAGUGCCACCACAGUGCACGCAGUGAGAGACUCCGAACUAGCCAAACUCCCUGAGGGUGCCUUGAACUCCAUCAAACGCAGGUAUCCUCAGGUUGUUACACGACUGAUUCACCUCCUGGGUCAGAAGAUCUUGGGGAGCCUGCAGCAAGUCAAUGGGCCAUUGACAGGACGCGGCUUGGGAAUUCACACGGUGGGAAACAAAUGGGAUUCAGUGGUAAAUCCUGCCAGCAAUCUCUCCACUGUAGCCAUCCUGCCCGUAACUGAGGAUGUUCCCAUCACUGCAUUCACCCUGGAGCUCAGACACGCACUCAGUGCCAUAGGUCCUGUUUUGCUAUUGAAUAGUGAUGUUAUCAAGGAUCGCCUUGGAUCUGCUGCUUUAGACAGUAUUCAUGAAUAUCGACUGUCGAGCUGGUUGGGGCAGCAAGAGGACAUCCAUCGAAUUGUUCUCUACCAGUCAGACAGCACCAUGACCCCGUGGACCCAGCGCUGCAUCAGACAGGCCGAUUGCAUCCUUAUUGUUGGGCUGGGAGAGCAGGAGCCCACGGUGGGCGAGCUGGAGAGGAUGUUGGAGAUCACUGCAGUGCGAGCGCUCAAACAGCUGAUCCUCCUGCACAAGGAGGACGGGCCCCCCCCGGCUCGCACCGUCGAGUGGCUCAACAUGAGGAGCUGGUGCUCGGGGCACCUUCACCUCUGCUGUCCUCGUCGAGUCUUCUCUCGCAAGAGGUUGCCUAAACUGCUCGAGAUGUACCAAAGGGUUUCUGAGAAGCCACCUGACCGGCAUUCCGACUUCUCCCGUCUGGCCAGAGUCCUUACAGGCAAUUCCAUUGCGUUGGUUUUAGGAGGUGGAGGUGCAAGGGGGUGCUCUCAGGUCGGGAUUAUCCGGGCAUUGCACGAGGCAGGAAUCCCCAUAGACCUGGUGGGUGGGACCUCCAUCGGCUCGUUCGUGGGAGCGCUCUAUGCAGAAGAAAGGAAUUUCAACCGAACAAAAACUCGAGCUAGCCAAUGGGCCAAGGAAAUGAUGUCCUUCUUCAAAAAGGUCCUAGAUUUGACGUAUCCGAUUACGUCAAUGUUUUCAGGGUCUUCUUUUAAUAGCAGCAUCAGCAACACCUUUAAGGACAAACAGAUUGAGGAUCUGUGGAUUCCUUACUUUAACAUUACCACAGAUAUAACGGCAUCUGCCAUGCGGGUGCACACAGAUGGUUCUUUGUGGCGUUACUGUCGAGCAAGUAUGUCCCUGUCUAGUUAUCUACCUCCUCUUUGUGAUCCAAAGGACGGCCAUCUGCUCAUGGAUGGAGGUUACAUCAACAACCUGCCAGCUGAUGUCGCCCGGUCGAUGGGGGCGAAGAUAGUGAUCGCAAUCGACGUCGGCAGUCAAGAUGAAACCGACUUGACAAAUUACGGCGAUAGCCUUUCUGGGUGGUGGCUGCUGUGGAAACGCUUGAAUCCUUGGGCAGAAAAAGUGAAGGUUUUGAACAUGGCAGAGAUCCAAACCCGUCUAGCUUAUGUGUGCUGCGUGAGACAGCUGGAGGUGGUGAAGAACAGCGAUUACUGCGAGUACAUUCGACCACCCAUCGACCGAUACAGAACUCUGGAGUUCGGCAAAUUCAAUGAAAUCGCAGAAGUGGGAUAUCAGCACGGGAAAACACUAUUCGAGCUGUGGAAUAGGAGUGGAGUCAUCGAGAAUAUGCUGAAAGACAGACUGAUCGAUGAUGUCUCCAAAACCCGUCCAUCUGAUGUUACGUGCCCUAACGCCUCCUUCACUGACCUGGCUGAGAUUGUGUCCCGGAUCGAACCCGUCAAAAUGCUCAUCGUGGACGACGAAUCCGACUACCAGACUGACUACGAGGAGGAUGUGUUGGAUGCAGAGAAAGACGACUGUGACAGCAUCGCCCACGGACAGAACGGAGACGAAAUCUUUGACAGCGAUGAGGAGGCUGAACUAGCAAAGAGCACAACUGACUCGAGACCUCAGGGUACCGUGGCUUAACUGAGCGGAGCAACUAUCAGCCAUCGCAAGCAACUUCCCCGAACAGCUGGGGACCAGCUGGGAACCUAGCAUUUCCCUCUUCUCUCCCUCUAAUCAGACAUUAACCUCUGCUACGUGCGGCGACGAGGUUUGGGGAAAGGGGAGCGGUUAAUAUCCUCUGCUCUGCAUUGUGGCUAAGAUGCCGGUGGGAGGGGACGGGGGGGGAGAGCAAGAUGGGGCAAGGAAAAGAAAGAAAGAUGGUCACAUGCUGACAUUUCCUUCUUAAUUUAUGAAGCGUAGAAUCAACCUGACAAACUUAAGGACUUGCAACUGACUGAAGGUAACCAGCAUUUCCUAUAAAUAGAUUUGGUUAAGUCAGUGUCACACUAUCUGUUCGCGUAAUGUUCAGAAAUCUUGCAUUUUAUCUCCCGCCACCUCUUCUCUCCCUACCCACC